AGCUCAGCAGCGCCCCCACGGAGCUGCGGCCUGAACUGACAGCUCUGAACAUGUGUGGCUCUUUCAGUCAAGUCAGUGUUAGCUGCGAAGGUGAUGGCAAAGCACAGCUAGCUAGUGGCUAACAACUAACCAGGUGGUACAUCUCUUAACGCUUGGAUAACCUUAGCUCUGCUUCACCUGUCCCGGGGUUAGAGAACCAGCGAGGAGCGCUUACUUUAACACUGUGGUGUUGCUAAUUAUUAGCUAACGUCAGCUAACCAGCUGCAGACUCUCCUAAAAAUGGCCACUGUUUCAAUUCCUGCUUGUACCAGUACAGUCUUGCUUGAUAUCGAGGGAACAACAACACCAAUCACAUUUGUAAAGGAUAUCUUAUUUCCAUACAUCAGGGAGCAUCUUGAGGAGUACUUGUCUACCCACUGGGAGGAAGACGAGUGCAAACAAGAUGUUCAUCUCCUAAAGAAACAGAUUGAAGAGGACAUGAGACAGCAUCGGUCGUGCCCCGUCCACACCGUGGACCAGACGGUUCACACAGACGAGGAGAAGGCCAUUAGGGAGGUAAUGGAUAAUGUGCUGUGGCAGAUGGCAGCAGACAGGAAGUCCACAGCACUCAAACAGCUCCAGGGUCACAUGUGGAGGUCAGCUUAUUCUUCAGGGAGAAUCAAAGGCGAGGUCUACCAGGAUGUCAUUCCAUCACUCAAAAGAUGGAGAGGACAAGGACUAAAAGUUUACAUUUACUCCUCUGGAAGCGUGGAGGCACAGAAACUCCUGUUUGGAUACUCUGUUGAAGGAGACGUUUUAGAUUUAUUAGACGGUCACUUUGACACCAGUAUAGGAGCUAAAGUGGACGGUAAAAGCUAUGAAAGAAUUGCUGAGAGGAUUGGCUGCCAACCUGAGGAAAUCACAUUCUUGACCGACGUCACUCGAGAGGCUAAAGCCGCUGAAGAGGCCGGGGUGAACGCGGUGGUGGUGGUCCGGCCUGGAAACAUGGAGCUGACGGAUGACGAGAGGGCCCACUAUAACCUCGUCACAUCCUUUAGCCAACUUGAACUGACGGGACGUGCUUAACACACAGCGUGGAGGAAGACGGGGAGAACUUCUCCGACUUCAUUUCAUAAUGGCCUGUUCCUUCUCUUCUUUGCCCUCCCAGCCCCCCCUCACCUCUCUCCUUUUUGCAACUCUAAUGUUUUUGUUUGUUCCACGUUGACAGUUCAAAAGGUGUAGGAGAUGCUGCUGGGACUCAGUUAGAAGUCCCGGCCUGUAAGGAGUCGAUCUACCCGGGUCUUUCAGGGUGCCUUUCACCACGUAUGGAGACAGAUCUACGAAGCGUAGUAGGAACAUCACUCUCAUUGGACCAUUUGAUUGACCGGGACGAGCACAGAAAAUAUAAAAGGAAGCGACAAACCCGAAGGAAACUGCACAUGACCUUUUUACCUUUUUUAGAUGAACCGUAUUCAGUUGCUGAACCUCUACGACGUUAAUCUUUCCAACUGUAUGUGUUGUAUUUGUCACCGUUUUGUAAACAUUUUCCAUCCAUGUGCCGUUUCCCCCCCCCCCCCCUCCCUCCCCCUCUACACAUACACACGUGUUGCAGCUGUAUGAAGUUUUAUCCAGUGAUUAAACGUUGUAAUGUUUUUAGAAAGUAGAACUACAGUAUAGAUGCACUCGGCAGUGGUGCUGCUGACAGCAAGUUCUCAUUUCAAACGUUGUCUUAAUUAGUCCCCUCGCAGGUGAAUGGUGUCUAUUUAAAUGUGCCAUCCUCGUAAUGUUGGUGUUGGAAAGUUACCUUUAGAAAAAAAGAAUUGCCAAAUUGAUAUGUGUGUGUGUGAAACAUAAUUGGUGUUGUUCAGGAAAUGAUAAUCUUACAAACAUGCUUCCAAUAAAUGCCUUGUCUCACACAGAA